AUGUUUGCAGCACGCAACGUCUCGCGCAUGGCGCGCUUGGCUCCUCGCCAGACUCCGCUCCUCGCGCGAGCCACACCCGCUUCGCAGCGCGCCCUCACCAUCAGUUACCCCGUCUUCAAGGCAAACCCCGUGAACGAGACCCAAGUCCCGGCCACUGUCUACUCUCCUGAGGGCAAGAUGCCCGGUGGAAUCCAAUUCUCGAUCCCCGUGCGACCUGAGGAUCGAAUCGGCCCCGCCGUGCCCGAGACAAACGAGAUGGAGAUCCUGUCCACCCUCUCCGACGAGUCCUACAAGAAGCUCCCUGCGACUGUCAAGUCCAUGACAGUGAAGGGCAAGGUGAUCAUCAUCACUGGUGGCGCCCGUGGUCUUGGAAACUACAUGGCGCGAGCCUGCGCAGAGGCCGGCGCCAAGGCCAUCGCCCUCUUCGACGCCAACCAGGAGCUCGGCGACGCAUCGGCAGCAGAGCUGCACCAGAAGACGGGCCUCCCCGUGACCUUCUAUAAGGUAGACGUGCGCGACGGGGGCGCCGUCAACGCAGCAGUGCAGUCCGUGAGCGACACGUACGGCGUGCCCGACGUGCUGAUCAACUCGGCGGGCAUCGCGGACAGCAACCUGCCGGCCGAGACCUACGACGCGGCCAUGUUCCGGCGCCUGGUGGAUAUCAACCUCACAGGGUCGUUCCUGAUGGCGCAGGCGGUGGGGCGCGCGGCCAUCGCGGCGGGCAAGGGCGCCUCCAUCGUGCUGGUCGCGUCCAUGAGCGGCAGCAUCGUCAACUACCCGCAGGAGCAGUCGUGCUACAACGCCAGCAAGGCGGGCGUCGUGCAGCUGGGCAAGUCGCUGGCCGCCGAGUGGGCCAAGUACAACAUCCGUGUCAACUGCAUCUCGCCUGGCUACAUGGACACGGCGCUCAACAAGGUCCCCGCCCUCGAUGCCCAGAAGAAGAUCUGGAUGGGCCUCACGCCGCAGGCCCGCCUUGGCAAUGUGGACGAGCUCAAUGGCCUAUGCGUCUUCCUUGCUUCGGAUGCGUCCAGCUUCAUGACUGGCAGCAACUGCAUCAUCGACGGCGGAUACUCCCUCUACUAG